AUGAUACAAAAUAAUGAGAAUUCCUCUGUGUCAAAACGAUAUUCUUUAUCUUCUUUAAUACCUACUCAAUAUAUUGCUAUUGGUUCUAUUGUUCUCAUUGGACUAUUGAAUAUGUAUAAAGGUUUAUUUCGAUUUUCAUUUGGAUUUCUGGCUGGUGCAGGUAUUGGUGGAGUCAUUGGUUUUAUUUUUGCUGAUAGUCCUGUUGGACAAUUUAUAUUACGACAACGAUCAAAACCUCAACGAUCUUAA